ACGUGCUAAUUAAAUACGUUUUAUCUUUAUUUUAGUGCGAGUGUACAGUUCUAGUUCUAGGAUUUCUGAAUUCCAGGUUCAAGUAUUAACUCCGAGUACUGAGUCAAUAGCUGUUAUUGUGCGAGAUGAUGGAUUGUUAUCUCCGGAUACACUGGACCAGGACGGAGUUUUCUCGGGUUACUUCUACUCAUUAAACAGGACGGGUUACUAUAUGCUCUGGAGGGAAGAAAGGAUUGAGGUGGUUGGAAACCUAGGAUACAGAUAUCUAACCUUAUCUCCAGCUCUCUACGUCUCACAACCGUCUACACAGGGAGUAGAUCUGAUACCUCCGGGACGUAUUGUGGAUCUAGCUCUGGUUAGUGUCUCAACUGUGCAGAACAAUGUUAAAGUUUCUCUCCGCUUCACGGAACCAGGAGAUGAUAACUUUGAUAAUGGAGUACCGCAGCUGUACUAUAUCCACUGUGGUGAGAGGAGGGAGAAUAUAAGCUAUCAGCUCUGCUCAAGUAUACGAGGACGGGUUCGCCUCCCUGCUACCCCUAGAAAAUUCAAGAUAAUAACGCUAAUAGUGAAGAAUUUUGAUGUUGAAGUUUAUAUUGGUAUAACAGCGCAGGACAGGUCUGGAAAUAUGGGAGAGAUGUCAAAUAUUGUUGAAGUUUAUAUUUCUUCUUCAACAACAACUUCAACAUCAUCAACAACAAUAUCUACAACAGUAAGUCCACAUGCGCCGGAAAUGACGUCAACAGCUGUUAUUUUGGCGACAACUUUUGGUAACAUCAACGUCAGCUUUACUACUGAGAAACCGGUUUUACAGACAGUUAUCCCUGAUGAAAUCACUGAAUCUAAGGGAUCUGAGGGAGUGAGUCUGGUUCUGUUCUGGUCUAUAGUUGCUCCUCUCCUUGCUCUUCUCAUUAUUCUUCUGCUUUGCCUGCUUAUAUUCGUCUUCAGUUGGAACUAUAGGAAGAAAAGGGAGCGAAGGCUUUUAUUGGAGGAGGAUAUGCGAACCUAUAGGUUGCAGGAUAACCCGGAGUUCCAGGUUUCUUGUAGUCCAGAGGCAGCUAAGAAUGUAAGGUUCAUUAAGAGAUCGAGAACCAAGACGAACGGAAGUUUAAGAGAUAUUGAGAAACCUCUCUCAGAUUCAUCCUCACAUUCAGAUUCCGAAAGUAAAGAGAAGGCUAGGCGAAGAAGAAAGAAGAGAAAGGGAUGUAAGACGGAUAUCCCUGAUCCAGUUUAUACAAUCUCACAGACAAUAAAUCAUAUUAAGUUUGACCAGGAUAAGCGAGAUGAUCAUUUCUAUCCAAACUCCAGUUUAGAAUCUAAGCCUGGAGCUUACAGAUACAAGACUAGAACCAAGGGUUUAGCUCCUGGUCUAUCUAAAGACCACAAUCCUAAAUAUUUAAACAAUAAUCCUCCAGGACGGGUUGGACCUCCUGUAUUACCCAAACCUUCGUAUUAUAAUCCUAACUCAAGUUCAAGAGUUCCUCAAAAUAUACAGAUAGUGGAACCUGUUGAAGAUAAUUAUGGUAGUUCUCAACCCUCAAACUAUUUAUCCUAUAUAAACAACAACAGAUUACCUGCAAUUUACAGUACUGAGUCCACAGUCAACUCAGAAAUUAUGAAAAAUUAUGAAAAGGAGUUUGAACCCCGUUCUGAGAAGAGGAAACCCUUCAAUUAUAUUGUCCAGAGUGAGGAACUGUCUCUUAAUAAACCUUCAAACAAGAAAAAUUCUAAGAAUUUUGUAUCUUUCGUCUGAUUCCUGCGGAAUUAUGUAUUUCUACUGAUAUUUACUUUUUACUUAUAAAAGGGACUGUAAGCGUUAUUCCAAGUAAACCUCCAUUAACAGAGGUGCAUGUCCGAUUAAAGCUUUAUCGAAGAAAACUGAGUUAGAUGUCAAUUGAUUUGUUUAUUUAAAUUUCUUGUUUCUCUGCCAAAUGAACUUGCUUAUUUCUUGCUUCAGAAACAAUAGAGAAAUUAUCUGAACUAAACAAUAUUCAAGGUUGAAAAAUGACGAUAUAUUUCAC